UGCGGGGGUUUGGGCCCCUCUCCCCUCUCGUCCAGGAUUCAGCCUCCAGCUCCUCCUCUGAUGCAUCGUUUUUGCAUCAGUACUUGGAGGAACACUUGUCCGCGCGCUGCUGCCGCACCUUCCCCACAGCACAGUGCAUGCAUUCAUUCAACGGACUCCACUUUAAGCAGGUGAUGACAGACAAAGAGCGACGCUCAACAGUGAACAUGAUAUGUUUUUAAACACGGAAUUAAGGUAGAAUGGAGACGCGCCUCGGUCACUGGCUUUUGAUCGUUUUCUCUGAGUGGAUUUGGCUCUUCACCUUAACUUCCAUCCUGGGCGGAACAAAAGCGGAGCUGAGGUGCAUUCCCUCGUGCCAGCUGCCGCUAAUUACAGCAUUUCCACCGGAACUCUCGACUGAUGUUGGCGAGGCACCAGAUGAAGAAGAUGUUGUUGGAUUUACGCACAACGUUGCGGAAUUACCCGCGAGCGAAGAAAGUUCGUCCAAAGUGCAUGCACUGUUAGAAGGGAAUAACGCAAGUUGUCUCCAGGACGGUCAGCCAAAACUUUCACACGCCAAAGAUACUCCUGGAGGAAGUGCUUCACCCACCGAAAAUAGCAUAGGCGAUGCAGAAAGUAACAGCUUUUCUGCAGAAAAUGACGGGUCGCAGGUUGAUGUUGAUGUGACAGUAAACAACGAGGAGGACGCGUCCAGCUGGAGGCGAACACGCGAUGCGAGGAGCGCAUCAGAGACUUGGUCCGGAGGAUUCAGACCCGACGACGCGGAGGAGGACGCUGCGUUUUUGGACCAGGAGGAGUUUGAACUCACGAGUUCCACAUUCGCACUCACCGGAGACACUGCUCACAACCAGGCGAUGGUGCACUGGUCCGGACAAAACAGCAGCGUGAUCCUCAUGUUGACAAAGUACUACGACUUCAACUCUGGCAGAGUAACAGAGAGUUCUUUAUGGAGGUCAACUGAUUAUGGGACCACAUAUGAGAAACUUAACGAGAAAGUCGGGCCAAAAACCAUCCUGAGCUACUUGUACGUGAGUCCGAACAACAAAAGGAAGAUCAUGUUACUUACCGACCCGGAGGUGGAGAACAGCCUGCUCAUUAGCCUUGACGAGGGGGCGACCUAUCAGAAACACAGCUUAGCCUUUGAUAUCCUCAGCCUGCUUUUUCACCCCGAGCAGGAGGACUGGAUCCUGGCUUACAGCCACGACCAAAAGCUCUACGUCUCCGUUGAAUUUGGGAGGAGAUGGCAGCUUGUGCACGACGCCGUCGUCCCCAACAGAUUCUACUGGUCCAGACUAGGUUUAGACAAAGAGCAAGGAAUGAUUCACCUGGAGAUCAUCGUCUCUGACGGACGGUCACAGUACAUAACUUGUAAACUUCAGAAUUGCUCUGAUGGAAACAAGGGCAAGCCUUUCCCUGGAUUUAUCAUCCCCAAUUCCCUGGUGGUUCAGGAUGAAUACGUUUUCAUCCAGGUGCCAGUGGGUGGCCAGUCUGUCCAUUAUGUGUCUUAUAAAAGGAGCGCUUUCUACCCAAUGAAGCUUCCCAAGUACACUCUGCCGAAGGAUUUGCAGAUAAUCAGCACAGAUGACAGCCAGGUGGUGGCGGCGAUUCAGGACUGGCACCAGAACGACUCCUAUAACCUGUACAUGUCUGAGUCCAGAGGGCUGUUCUUCACCUUGAUGCUGGAGGACGUUGUGAGCAGCGGAGGACCGGAGGGGAACAUCAUGGUAGACCUCUAUGAGGUUGCCGGGAUUAAAGGGGUGUUCCUGUCAAAUAAAGUUGUUGAGAACCAAGUGAAAACUUAUAUCACAUACAACAAGGGGAGAGACUGGCGUCUUCUUCAGGCUCCAACAACCGAUCUCCAGGGAAACAAGGUCUAUUGUGAACAACCUUACUGUUCCUUACAUCUACACCUCCACGUGUCAGAGAAUCCUUACACCUCGGGAAACAUUGUCAGCAAAGAUUCCGCUCCAGGAAUUAUAAUAGCGUCAGGUGUGGCUGGACCUGAGCUGACCAGUAAUAAUGUCAGUAUUUUCAUCACAUCUGAUGCUGGAAACAGCUGGAGAGAGGUUUUCCAGGAAGAGUACAGCGUGUUUUUCCUGAAUCAAGGAGGAUCUCUGGUGGCCAUCCGACACACACCUCUGCCAAUUAGGCACAUUUGGCUGAGUUUUGAUGAGGGCAGAAACUGGGACAAAUAUAGCUUCACCUCCUCUCCUCUCUAUGUUGAUGGGGUGCUGGGGGAGCCUGGAGAGGACACCCUUAUAAUGACAAUAUUUGGUCAUUUCAGUCAUCGAUCCGAGUGGCAACUUGUCAAAAUUGACUUCCGGUCCAUUUUCCAACAACGAUGCACAUCUGAAGAUUACAUGACAUGGCAGUUACACAAUGAGGGCGAAGUGUGUAUCAUGGGAAUGAAGAGAAUCUUCCAAAAACUGAAAGCAAACGUUCGUUGUGUCAAGGCCAGAAAUCAGUAUAUUUCCCAGAUGUCAGACUCCUGCCCAUGCACAGAGGCAGAUUUUGAGUGCGACUACGGGUUUGAGAGGCAGAUUGACGGGAGCUGUGCUCCGGCUUUCUGGUUCGUUCCUUCAGCGACAUCUAGAGACUGCAUCACGGGGACAAGCUUCCUUAACACCACAGGAUAUCGCCGGGCUUUGUCUAACAACUGCACUGAGGGAACACUGUUGAAGUACAGCCCCAGGCGACAGAAGUGUCCCAGUCAGGCCCCCAGGGGCCUCCAGCUCCUCACCAGUGAGGGAACACUGGUGGCAACACUGGAGAGGAAUGUCACUUUCUUGGUCUUUCUGGAAGAGGGUCUCGGCUCCAUGACAAGUAUAACAGUGGACUUUGGCGACGGGACAGCCAUAUCGUACGUUAACAUAAGCUCCAUAGACGACGGGGUCAAGCAUAUCUACAGUAAAGUUGGCAUCUACCAAGUUUCUGCUACAGCAACCAACAUCCUGGGCUCUGACAGGGUGAUACUCUACCUCCACGUCUCCUGUCAACUUGAACACGUCCAGCUCUUGGCUCCUUCGGUGGCCGUCAAGAACAAAGCAGUAAACCUCACGACCGUGUUACGCCCCAGCAAUGUGGGAACAGUCAGCUAUUUCUGGUGGUUUGAUAACAAAACGGAGCCCGUUGUGACUCUGGACGGAGCGACGUCCUUCGCUUUCUCCAAGGAGGGAAGUCACACCGUCACUGUCCAAGCUUCAGUUGGCAAUACUGUCUAUCAGGACCAAAUGACUCUGGCCGUUUAUGAUUAUUUCCGGUCGCACGUUUUGGCCUUUUCUUCUAAUUUGGACGAUCUGAACCCCGGAGUGUCUGAGUGGAGAGAGGACAUCGGCAGAGUGGUGAAGAGCUCCAUGGUUCAGGUCACAGGAAUCAACGAGGAUCAGCUCCUGGUCUCCGUGCUCCCAGGUUUGCCAACAACAGCAGAGAUUUUCAUCGUGCCUCAGAGGAGGCCAAGAGACGGAGCCAUGGAUGAAAAGUGGGCCCACCUGGAUCAGCUUUCUCAGGUUCUGCUAAGUGCUUUGAACCAAGACCUCAUCCAGUUCACACUCAAACCGGGGGUGCAGGUGAACGUGUACGCCACGCAGCUGUCUCCAGCUCCUCUGGUGGACAGCAGUGACAGUGGCCACAGCGGCACCGCAGUCAUCAUGCUCGUGUCAGUCGUACUGAUGGGCUUGGCUGUCUUUGUAAUAUAUAAAUUUAAAAGGAAGAUCCCGGGCAUCAACACAUACACAGCGGAGCAGCCUGACAAAGAACAAGAGGUCAUCCCGACAGUGACCUCCAUAGUCGUCCCAAACCCUGAGGGGGACAAGCUGACCUCUCUGGAUCAUGUGGAUGUGCAGUCGGACUCAAAAGGCAGAGGCUACCUGCCAUCUCACACAGACAUCAAGCUCUCUGAUGAAGCGCCCCAUGUGUUUUAAUGUUGGGAGUCUAUGACCAACUCGAAAGCAAUACAUCUUCUUUGGCAGUUACUUCCAGCAAGCUAUGAAACCACGGUCACAAUGAAUGGUCUCGAGUGUUUUGCUACCCAUGCAUGGAUGGACCAGUUCACACUGUGCUGCCUAAUCCCUCUGAGGAGACUGUACAGAUUUAUACUUGCUUCUUGAAAAAAAGGGGACACUUUUUGACUGAAAAUACUUGUAUUUUUGCAAGGACAUUGAUCUUUUUAUGUAAAUAAUGUACAUCCAUAAUGGAAGAAGUAAAAGUUCUUUGUCUCAGCUGGUUACAGCUCGCGACUGCUCAAAUAUGAAAAUAUCACACAGCGGGACAGAAGUGAUGUAUAAUAAUAUCUCAAAAAAAUAUGCUCCUAUUUCUGUUCUUUGGGCUUGUGUUUGUGAAGUUUACUUUGUUUAACUAUGUGGAAAUAGCUUAUCUGAUUAAGACAGUGAGGGAAGCAGAUUCAUUAAGCUCUGUACAAUCAGUAAAUCUUAUCGCCAGAUUCUCAUCAAAUGAAAGCUUGCAAUAUCCAGGAGAUGAAGGAGGGCUCCUAGUCCCAGAUCUGUGUAUUCCAUCAAGCUGUCGCUUUGCCGCUCAAAAUGCUAUAUAUGUCAUAACAGAAAUAAGAACAGAAGAUUAAAGUGGAUAGGUGUAUACAGUAGAUGAGAAACUGAGCAAUCCCUCUUGCUUAGGAGACUCAAAUAAGUCAUGUUAGCGACACUGGAAUGAGUUCUAACAUGAAAAAUGUUAAACCUACUUAGAAACAGAUUAUACACAAAUCUUAUGUGUAAUCUAAAUCAUGCAUAUGGAUUAUUAUUGCAGCGGCAAAUUUUAUAUUUGAUUGUUUUACAGUCAAUUUUGGCUGUUAAACAAUGCAAUGACUUUUAAACUUGUGCUUCUUACUUAUUUGUCGCCCAGAGCAUUUCUUGUACAUUCUGGUUUCUAUAAAUAGAGCUAAAUGUAAAUCUUCUUGUAAACAAAGAAGCAGCCGCAAAACACUUGCUGUAAUGCAGUCAAAAAAAAAGUGCUACAUCUGUAUUUAAUUUAUUCAGUUCAAGAUUUAUUAGCUAUUCGUUUGUGUUCGAGAUUCACCGCCAUGAAGUUAAAAGACUCCUUGACACAGUUACAAAACAUUUCUCCUGUUUUUGUUGUUUUUCUUUUCAACUGAUCUCACUGUGAAGGUCGCCGUGCCUUCUUACAGGAAGUGUGACGACGCUGGAACUACACCAGGUUUCAACAGAAACAUGUUCUCAUUUUGCUCAUUUUUUAAUUUAUUCUGGACUGUUUAUCUACCACUAUGAUACCAGCAUCUCCACAUGGCAUCUCCUCAGUUUACAGUUACCGCGGAGGAGCCUGCAGUCUGUUCUAGGUUUGCCCCCAAGGACUCGGCGGACAAAAGGCUGCGGAUUUGUUCAUCUCCUUCGCUGCGAGGGACACAGAGAUAGAGAAGACAUAUCUCCUGUCAACAAGGCUCAGCCUACGCACAGAGCUUUGGUCAGCCGCUGUCUCUUUGGGAUAAGUACUGAAGUUCUUCUUCAUCCAACUUUUCUUUUUAAGUGUUGUCAGCAUCAUAUGUCAGUAAGACAAAUUGACUGGAGGCUUCUCCAUACUUCUUUCCUUCCAAUCCUGCGAUUGAGCCUGAAGCAUAAAUAAACUCGUACUCGUCAUCAGGCGAACGCCGUCUCUCCACACCGACCAUCAGAAGGCAGUUUUUGUCAAGUCCCAAUAAUCAACCUGUGAAUAUGAUUGUGAACAUAAUUGCAUGAUGUUUUUUUUCCCCCUCUUUCAAGAUAUUAAAAAUACGUCUUGAGGAAAAAAAAAAAAGAAUUGUUAAAAAUGUGAACUGCAGUGUUUUCCGUUUCUCAAAAGGUUAAACUCAUUCAUUACAAGUGACUUAAUUACUCAGUGGGUUGUUACUUUUUUUCAUUUGAUCUUGCUGAAGUAACCAUGGUUGCGUAAUAAAGCAGAAACACAGCAUUAAUGCAGUGUGGCUGGUUGUGAAAGUAAUUUCCCAGAAGCAUGAACAGCUUAUUUCUGCUGUCUUCGAUCUGUUAAAAUCCAUGCAGCAUUUAGUUGUGUUUGACCUUUGAUUUAGUCAAUCAACGGGCUUAACUAUGAUUCAAAUUGGGAGUUUUGAUCGACGGGCACUCUCACUUUGUCGAAUAUGGUGCUUUUUUCUGCUUUGCCUCUAACAAGUGUUGCUUAGCACACUCAAAGUUUCAGUGCAUCCAUUUGCAUGAUACAAUAGGGCCGAGCGGGAGGACAAUGAAAAGCACCAAGUAGCCUGGAGUGAUUCUAAUGGGCCAGUUCCUCGGCUCUCCCACUGUGCAGCAAAUUAAUUAUCCCCUCUCCAGGAAAUCGACACACGUACGCACACAAUCAAGGAAGAUUUUCCCAGACUGGGCAGCACCUUGAAUGAAAAAUGUCCCACAACAAUAACCCACAGCAAUAUUGUGUUAGCCACAGUGUGAAAUUGAUGAGCAUGUUUCCUUUCAUUGAGUGCUACAUUAGUGUCUGGCUGCAGCGAAUCAUCCAUUAGGGAUUGUCACCGUUCAAUUUGAUUGUGCACCGCCGAACAUCCCAGGGCAGUUAGAGAAAGGCCUUGGUGUUAAUUCAGACUGAGAGCAGGAGCGAGAAUAAGACUCUCGGGGUGCUGAUGGCCGUUGGAGUGAUGAAGAUUGGUGUGCGAUAUGAGGCUGUUGAGGUGGCAAACAAAAUGCAAAACAGCGGAACAAGGACCAUGUUGCUGCAUCUUUGUGCGUGAAGAAUCGUUUCAGCCAAUCAGCCACACAGCUCUGUCCUCCAAACCUUUCAGCCCCUUUGCCAUUUUAAUGUGAAAGGAUGUUUUUUUCCUCUAAAUCCUGAGGACGGAGAAUGAGCAACGCUAACCCCCAGUAGUUCUUCUUUGCAAAAUCUGUUUCUCAUCAUUCAACAACAGCCUUAGUAAUUGUUCCCAUUAAAUAGAAACCCUCUGUAACUGGCAACUGGAGCGAUAGAGGUAAAGUGAAGCUUAGUCAGAGUGUUAGAUGGGAAUCUUCACAUAGGUGUUAUCACACUUCUGCCCAUUAAAGCCAACUUCAGAGCCUCUGAGGGAUCAUUAAGUGUAAUGCUUAGACUGAUAUGUUGGCUGCUUCGAGUUAAAGAACCUUGUUUUCAGGUUUAUGUCAUGACAAUGCAGACAUUUCUCAUUCACUGUCAGCCACAAAGUCUGUCUUUGCAUACUUUCGCCAGGACACAAAAGAGUGUAAACUGUAUUAUAAUCUUCAAUUACAACAUACAUACUGUGGGUGCAUGCAUGAUAGAAAAACAUAAUUCCAUAUAAAAAUACAUUUAUUUUGAACAAUUUUAAAAUGGCAAUUUGUUCACAGUAAGAAAUAUGAUUCAAAACAAGACGAUUUAUAUAUCAGACAAAAAUUAACAAUAUCAUAGAUCAUGCACAACUUUUGCACAACUAGACUAUUAGACACGGUGUUUAAUAAGUUGAUUAAUGUGUAAACUUUAAAACCAACCAUGAUAUAUAUUUAUAUACAGUACUCGCUCACCCUAAUAUAGUAUUAUAUCUUUUAUCACAGAUAAUUAGG